AUGUGGGCAAUUCUUUGCCUGCUAGGCCAAUUGACCAAGCUCUGCUAUUCAACGAAGCCUCUACCUGCAAGUCAAGAUGACUUCUUUGACCUGCUUCCGAUCGAGUACCCUUUCCAGGCACCACAGGUUGGAAUCGACCCUGUGGCAGGGCGGCUUCUGGCCGCUUGUGGCAGUGUUCAAAAUCUGACAGCUCUGGCCAUCGCCGCGUCGCAACUUCACAGUUUCAAUGUCAAGCCCGAUGGCUCCUAUGACCUGACACUGCCCCAGUUUGAUUUGGAGUUGAAUCCUGCAGAAGUGUCUGAGCUGUUGGGCACGUGCCGGCAGUUGUUCGACAGCUAUGCCCAGCUGGCAGCCGUAGACUUCGAGGUAAAGCUCCGGUGCACGGCGGAAAAUUCAAACUGUGCUGCUCAGUCAGUGGCGGUCCUCCGAAAAUCAGCAGAUCUCUGCCAAACUCCGUGCCAUGGUCACCACUACGGCGACUACGGCAUGAAUCGUCUGACCAUUUCCGAUGUCGCCGAACGCUCUGCUGCCCGCAUGUGUUCUAUUGUCGCGGGCUUCUGCCGAUCUCUUCAAGAGAGCCAAGCUGGGGUGACCGGCAUUGCGGGCUUUGCUGGGCAAGCUGCAGCCGAGAUUCGCAUAUUUCUGGAUCAUGCCUUCCAUGUUCUUUCGUUCUUGCCUAUUGGUUUGCGUGCGUUGCAACCUUUCUCGGAUCUAUUGGAGCACGGCUCCCCAGCUUUUCGGCAUGUUCCAGUCGCCGGCUUGCGUUGGGACGUCCUCCUGCACAUUCUCGCAAGUUUCGGCGCGGCAGAACGUUCCAGGGGCCUUCGUGUAGCUGAGAUAGGGGUCGAGAAGGGCAUGACCGUCACCUUCCUGAUGAAGCACGAGCCAGCUAUAGUGGACUAUUAUCUGGUGGAUCCCUGGCAUGUUCCAGGCAAGCCCCAGGAAAGCAAUGGUGUGCUCCAGUCGUACUAUGAAAACCUGGAAGCCUGGUCCAGUCAGGAGCCAGCUUUCCAGCGCAAUGGCCGCAAGGCAGCCCACGUCCUGCGCCAGAGUUCAGAGGAAGCAGCAGGCCAGCUUCUCACCGACUACUUUGACCUGGUCUUCAUUGAUGCAGAGCAUACCUUUGAAGCUGUCCGCCGAGAUAUCCAGGUCUGGAAACGUCGAGUGCGACCCGGUGGUAUCCUAGCAGGUCAUGACUUUUCCUUAUUUCACCCCGCAGUUUCUUUGGCGGUUCUGGUUGAGUGUGGACCGCUGAGCGAUGAUACUGGCCGCUUCCCGCUUCAGUCGGAACUGGAGAAACCCAUCAUCCACCUGUCUGCAGAUUCUGUCUGGUGGGUGCAGAGAGCUUGA